AGCGCUUAUUUCGGUUUCAGAGAUUGCGCUUUGCAUAGUUAUGCAGAUGGUUCGAAAAGAGUGCAGGCUUGGCGGUGUGACGGGCUAGGUUGAUUUCCAGACCUCGAUUUUCCCUGCCAUCUUUUGGCUUGACCUUUUUCAAGAAACAUCAAUACGAAUCAACUACUAGGACAAGAUGGCUGUAGACAUUGUAUCAAUCUGUUUAGAACAGGCUCUGAAGCCCACCUCGAAGGAUAGCACGAAACCAAGAUCCUUUGAUUUCUUUGACGUCCUUGGAACGACGGGGUGCUUGCAACAGUGCGCCAUUUUCAACUCUUGGAGCACACUGUCCCGAUCGGACACCGAGAAGUUGAGAGCAGAAAAUGACAACUUCCAUUUUGGAGGAGUCACUCCCUCUACGACAUUUCAAUGGGUUGCAAGAUUCAAUGGCACUCUAGAAAUGAACGCUCCAGACGGCAAAGUGUACUUUGUCAGACUGUUCAACAUGGCGGGGUCCACUAAUGUCUUCCGACGGAUACAAACUACCAACGGCGUGGCUGGGGAUACCUCUUCUGAUAUAAGCUUCCAGAGGAUCCGAACUUGGAUCAAUGACUGCGAGCUGCAUGAAAAAUGCGGCAGAGGUAGAGAGAUGAAUUUGCCUACCCGACUCAUCGAUGUCGUUCAGCCCGGAGACAGGCUUGGAGUCCGUCUAGUGGAUACAUCUGGACAAACAGGUACUUACAUGUGUCUGAGCCACUGCUGGGGAAAGAUCAAGAUCAAAUCCAAAACGGAAACCCACAACCUGAAAAGGCGACUCAAGUUGAUACCUUGGUCUUUACUUCCACCUAGCUUCCAACAAGCAAUUGAGAUUACGAGGAAGCUCAAGAUUCGCUAUCUCUGGAUUGACUCACUCUGCAUCAUACAAGAUGACAAGAAAGAUUGGGAGAAAGAGGCAGCUCGGAUGGUCGACGUUUACCGCAACUCAUACGCGACUAUUGCCGUCAGCUGGUCUCAUGACUCUCAGGGAGGCUGCUACUCUCAGACAAUCCCAAGUCAAUUCUAUAACAUCACGACCGAGCUUGGUGACGAAUUCAGAGUCGCCUUGAUAACAGGUGAAAAGCGGGACGAGAUGCCAGACUACGCUAGGUUACAAGAGUAUUUCCCCCUCUUCAAAAGGGCCUGGUGUCUCCAGGAACGCCUCCUUUCGCGGCGGAUUAUUCAUUGCAAUUAUGGAGAAAUGGCAUUUGACUGUGCUAGCGGGUACUCUUGCGAGUGCGGUGGAGAGCAACAUCACAAUUGGCACAACUUGAUACGGACCUCUAAUACUUAUGUACCGUUGCGGUCCAGGUCGAAGUACCUAGCAUUGCUGAACAACCCAUUGACGACAUCAACUACCGCCAUUACCACAAAGGAUGGGAAAAUCGAUCCUUAUGAGAGAUGGCACCGAGUUAUCGGCGAGUACACCUGUCUCAACCUUACGUUCACAGGGGAUAUGCUCCCAGCGCUAUCAGGUCUUGCGCACGAGACUGCUGAAGUGACAGGGGACACAUACUUGGCUGGUAUGUGGAAGAAGAAUCUCGAACAAGACCUCUUGUGGCGCGUUGUUACCGUAGCAGAUUGGAAGAAGCAACGCCCGAAGAUACUGAAGCGUGGAUGGGUAGCCCCGACUUGGUCUUGGGCUUCCACAGGAAGUGGCUGCAAAGUAGACUAUCCAACAUUCCAAAAUGCAGAGCUAUUAGAGUACAAGACUCCCGGAAUCAUGGAUACAGCUCAAAUAAGCUGUUCACUAGCUGGAGCUGAUCCCUAUGGCACGGUGUCUUUUGGACACCUCACAGCGGUGAUUAGGCGUUUAUCCGUCAUGAUACAAAGACCAUGCUCGCACUGGGAUCGCAAGAGGCGCUGGACAAAUUGGAUCUACGGCAGGUAUUUAAUUUACGCCCGGGAAGACAAGCGUGAGUUUCGGGAAGAGUGUGCGCCAGUGACGGGCGAAGCACCACUGGAGUUUGGGUCCGCCGAAUCGGAGGUAUGGGUUGACCCUUCGCUCGAACGGAUGGACCGCUGUUUUCUGCGCAACAGUCGGCCUGAGAACUUUCCGGAACUGUGUAAGCAUUGCGCUUUUCUGCCAGCUGAGUUGAUCUAUAUCAAAGGAUAUGGAUUGGGGAGCAGAAAUGCGCGAACAAAAGGCACGCGGGAUUCAUUUCUGAUCGUUGCCAAAGAUGCGACGAGUUCCUAUGUAAGAGUAGGGCUACUGGAGGUCAUUUGCGACGAUUGGAACGAGAGGCAGAUUUGGUAUCAAAACGUAUGGGAAGCUGCAAUGCCUGAGACCUCUAUCACGAUCUAUUGA